UGGUUAUUGGCAGAACCUUGGACAACACUUCCUUUGCCGUCGUCUUGCUGUUUUUGUUCAGCUAUUCUGUGGCGACUCUCAUGUUGUCCUUCCUGCUGUCUUGCUUUUUCUCACGCGCAAAUUUGGCUGCAGCCGCUGGCGGAAUAUUAUUCUUUGUGACCUAUCUUCCGUACCCAUUCAUGAUUGUUUGGGAUCACAGUGUUUUGGACUGGCAGCGGUUUAUUGGGUCGGCCCUUUCAAACGUUGCCUUCGGUUUCGGUUGCGACGUGUUGGCCGAAUGGGAAGAACUGGGCGUGGGGGCGCAUUGGCACAACUUAUUCCAAUCUCCCGAUCCUUUCAAUACCGAAUUGAGUCUCGGUAGUCAGAUCUUGGCACUCUGGGUGGACGCAAUGUUGUAUUUUUUGGCGGCCGUGUACAUCGAAGGGGUCUUCCCGGGCCGCUAUGGCGUGCCCUUGCCUUGGUGGUACCCGUUCUCUUUGUCGUACUGGUCGGGUGAUUUUGUUGGCAAGGAUAACAAGUUCGACGCUGAACCUGCUAGUCCCGGGAACAGAAAAGUGAAUGAGAGUGAUCCGGUUGGACUGACGAAAGGAGUGGAGAUGAUCAACUUGCGCAAGGUGUACGAUGAUUACGACAAAAUCGCGGUGGAUAACCUCAAUUUGUCAUUCUACGAAAACCAAAUCACGGCGUUUUUAGGUCAUAAUGGAGCUGGCAAGACGACGACUAUAUCGAUUCUGACGGGGCUACUUCAACCGACUGCGGGCACAGCGAAGAUCUAUGGCCAAGAUAUUCGCACGGAAAUGGACUCGAUCAGAAAGUCGAUGGGCGUUUGUCCGCAGCAUAAUGUCUUAUUCCAUUAUAUGACAGUGGAAGAGCAUUUGUUAUUCUAUGCGGGACUGAAAGGCACGUUAAGUGACCAGGAAAUGGACCGAGAAGUACAGGAUAUGAUACGGGACUUGGGACUGCCAAAAAAGAGACAUGAGCUCUCUUGUAAUUUAUCUGGUGGAAUGCAGAGAAAAUUAUCAAUCGCCAUUUCAUUUCUGGCAAAAUCGAGAACGGUUUUCCUUGAUGAGCCAACUGCUGGCGUCGAUCCUCAUUCACGAAGAGCUAUCUGGAAACUUUUGACGAAAUACAAAAAGGGAAGGACGGUAAUCUUGACAACGCAUCACAUGGAUGAAGCCGAGAUUCUGGGGGACCGGAUUGCGAUUAUAUCCUGUGGAGCUCUGGUCUGCUCGGGUUCCGCAUUGUUUUUGAAAAAACUCUAUGGAUCCGGUUACGUGCUGCGUGUCGUGUUGAGCGAGAAUCUUGGGAAAAACGAUGAAGAUGUUGCUAAUGAUGGCGAAACCGAAAAGGCUGCGAAAAAAAGGAUUCAGCAUUUUCUGAGGCAGCUGUAUCGAGGUAUUCGAGUGGCCGAAGAAGUCGGGUCGGAGAUUUCUUUCUUGUUACCAUGGAGCAAGAACUCAGAAGAAGUUGUGAAUGCUGUGGGAGAUUCACAUGAGAGUCACGAAAAUGUGAGGGAAAGUCACGUGAAGGAUGUGAUGCGACUGCAAAAGCUUCUGGAAGCAUUGGACAAACGCAUCGACGAGUUGCCCAUUUCUUCGUAUGGAAUUUCCGACACGAAACUGGAAGAAAUCUUCCUUCGGGUGACGUCAGAUGCCGAUGUUGGCGCUCCGAAGAAAAAACGCAAAUCAUUGCUCCAGCUGCUACUGGAAACCUACGCCCGAGGCAAAACGGAAAUCAUGACGACGCUGCAGUCCUCGCCUUCAAUCAUCUCUGCCACGUUGCCGGGCAAUCGUCGCGGCUCCGACGCCUCUUCCGUCACUCCGUGUUGCACGCCGGCAUAUGGAGAUUGUGUCAACCGCCUGCUUGCGUCUGCUCGAAGGCGGCGGAAUGUCGUGAAUACCGCCGAAGAGCCUGCUAAAAAUUCGGCGGCUAUAGAUAUCCCCAACGUUGCAAGAGAAGGCAAUGGGGAGGCGAAGAAUGAAAUGAAUGAAGAAGACGGCGACGGGAUAGAAGACGAGGAAGACCCGAGUGCGCCGUUGUCCCCGAAGAAGAUUUCGCAGCCGAGAAUCGUUCGGAUGACGCAGGAUAAACAGUACAAAAAUCUCGAUGGUGGAAAGCUGCUUGUGACGCAGUUCCUCGCAGUAGAAGCGAAACGGUAUCAUCAUGCCAAACGCGACUCGCGGACUCUGUUCUGCCAACUCGUCCUCCCGGUUCUUUUUGUCACCCUGGCCAUGAUGUCAACGAGUAUCGCCCCGGGGAUCGAUGUGGAAGACGAAUACAACUACCGAGAACUCCACCAUUGGCACUAUCAUUCUUCUCCUGUGGUGUUCUUCAGCGAGUCGGACGCCUGGCGAGCUUCCCGAGCUGCUGCUGCGGCCAACAGAACCCUGGAGGAGCAGCAAGCGAGAAUCAACGUGAUAGACGACGACGAGGCUUGGUUCAAUGAGGAUUUAUUUGGAGAUGAACAACAGGACGUGGGGAAUGGUGUAGGAAGACGAGGAGAGAAGAGAUUCGAGGAUAUUUUUGAUAUCCUUGGUGCUGACGGGACUACGGGUGGAGCCGUGACAGACCCUUAUUUAAGAUCCAUGUUGUCGCCGACUGGAAUCGGGACUAGAUGUGUUCAUGAGCAUUACUAUUUUCCAUGCUUGAGAUCUAUUGAGUACAAUGUGACGGAUCUGGCGGAGCCUUUGAAUGGGACGUUUCCACUUGGCGACUGCUCAUGCACGAAUGGAGGACAGUAUUGCCCUGCUGACGCUUCCAAACCUGAGCCAAUCGGUAUACAAAUGCCAACCUCCGACUUUGUUGUCAAUAUAACCGACAGAAACCCGAGUCAGUGGAUUAUCAAUACUCAUCAAGCGAUGAAACUCAUCAGAUAUGGUGGGUAUACGUUCGGAAUGAAAGCGCCUGGUCCGUUCAGCGACAGUCCACCAUGGAAUGUGAGCAGCGUAGGAUUGUUGCUCGCAGGGGCUGCCAGAGCAUUCAAUGUCACCCUGGGAGACGAGUUGGCCACCCGAUCUCUGCUGCUUGACAAGACGCUGAAUCAUGAUGAGCCUGACCGUGUUCGAGGGUACAAUGACACCACCAGACCGUAUAUCAAGGUUUGGUUUUUCAAUAAGGGAUGGAUCACGUCGGUGGCGUUUAUGAACGCCAUCAACAACGUGAUUUUGCGGACUCAUUUGGAGGCGAAAUUUCGCAUGAUGAAUUCUUCGGAGGAUGCCAUUUUACCCGAUUUUCGGGAAUACGGUGUGGCUGUCGUGAAUCAUCCGAUUUCGACAGACAACGCAUUUCAAGCGACUAUCAUCAAACGAUCAGCAUUCGCCCUCCUGCACUCAAUCUGCGUCAUCUACGCCAUGAGCUUCGUACCGGCAGCAUUCGUAGUGUACCUGAUCGAAGACCGGAUAUCCGGUUCAAAGCACCUUCAAUUCGUUUCCGGUCUGCCACCGUGGCUCUACUGGAUUUCCGCCUACGCCUGGGACAUGAGCUCGUACCUGGUUUCUGCGUCUCUCUGCGUUUUCGUCUUCCUCGUGUUCGAUGAGGAGGCGUACGUUGCGCGGGACACGUUUCCGGGGUUAUUGGUUCUCAUGGUACUGUACGGCUGGGCCACCGUUCCGCUCAUGUACCCGUUCAGUUUCUUUUUCGAGACGUCGAGUUUCGCAUUUGUAGCGCUGGCAACUGCCAACCUGUUCAUUGGCAUCGUGUCGACGAUCUCGACAUUCGUUUUGGAGAUCAUGGAAGAAGAGGAGUUUCAAGACAUAGCGAAUGUUCUGAAGCAAGUGUUCCUUGCGUUUCCACAAUACUGCCUUGGAAGGGGAUUGAUGGAGUUGGCCAAAUUCAAAGUGAUUUCUUCGUCAGUGGCAAUGAUUCUUGACACGGAAGUCAAAGAACUGGACGUGUUUGAAUGGACGUUCCUCGGAAGGAAUGUUGCGAGUAUGAUUGCGCAAGGUUUCUUGGGAUUCGCUGUCACUUUGUUGAUUCAAUACCGGCCGAAGUGUGGCUGGUGGUCAUUGAUACGCUUCAAUUCCUGUUGCGUUUGCUUCCGGAUCGGAAACUCGAUGAAAAUCAUGCUUUUCCGCAUACUGCGAGCCGCGUCGCCGACUGCGUUCGACAAGUGGCGCCUCGACAACGAACUGCGUGUAGUGAGUACACGUUCGGAAGCCGGCGGCAAAACGGAGUCGGAAGACGAGGACGUUGCUCGUGAGAGACGGGAAGUGUUGGACGGUUCUGGCGAAGCCACGUUGAAAGUGGUGAACUUGACCAAAGUAUAUGGAAAGACGGAUCUUACUGCAGUGAAUGGAACGUGUUUCGCUGUGAGACGCGGGGAAUGUUUCGGGUUACUCGGGGUCAACGGUGCCGGAAAAACGACUACCUUUAAGAUGCUGACUGGAGAUGUUAGCAUUACGUCGGGUGACGCUUUCGUGGACGGAUUCAGCGUAAGAAAUAAAUUGAACAAGGUGCGUCGGAGACUCGGUUAUUGCCCCCAGUUUGACGCCCUGGAUCCUCUGCUCACGUCCAGGGAGCAUUUGUAUUUAUAUGCUCGCCUGCGUGGAUUGCCAUCGCAACAAAUGGAAUCGACCGUGGAUUCUCUGCUUGAGCGAAUGAACCUCGGAUAUUAUGCGGACCGAAAAUCCGAAACUUACAGUGGAGGGAACAAGCGGAAAUUGUCCACUGCCAUCGCUCUGGUUGGAAAUCCAUCUCUCGUCUUUUUGGAUGAGCCAACAAGCGGCAUGGAUGCCGGUGCCAGGAGAUUCUUGUGGAAUUGCAUCCUGGACUUGGCUCACAAGGACAAGCGUUGUGUGAUACUCACUUCACAUUCCAUGGAAGAGUGUGAAACGCUCUGUUCUCGCUUGGCUAUUAUGGUUUCUGGAUCAUUCCGCUGCAUCGGAUCUGUGCAGCAUUUAAAAAACAAAUUCGGUUCUGGUUAUACGCUGAGCAUGCAUGCGGCACCCUGGGACUUGGAGAAGGCGGCGAAGUUCGUGGCGGACGAGUUGGCGGCGGCCGGCGGGUCGGGCCAUUUGCAGGAGCGGAACCCCACGCGGGUUGUGUACCAUUUACCUCAUCCAGGGCAAGGUGGCGUCCCGCUUUCAGCUGCCUUCCGGAUCAUGGAGCGAGGGCGCGAGCAGGCCGGGGUGUUGCAUUAUUCCAUUUCCCAGACGACCCUGGACGAGGUGUUCGUGAGAUUCGCCAUGGAAAGUCGUCACAUGGAAGACGAUGUUGGACCUCAGGAAGGGGCUGCUCUUGGGGAACUGUCUGGUCCCACCGAAAGUUAUGUUCGUAAUUCUGACGAUCCCUUGCCGAGAGCGUCAGCCUCAGAAAUGGAGCUUGGAGACCUAAGGAACGGUUGCGGGCUUAGUCCAGUAGUAGCUGAGCGGGAAUCUGUUGUUUGAGAGUGAAUGAGAAUCUCCUUCUAGUUCGAACUGUUGGACGAAACGAUCAGUCUAAGCUUUAAAGACCGUUCAAGACAAGAAUGUUUCUUUACGUCGAAAUAUCUCGGCUGAUGACUUACCCACCCGUGAAGUUCACUGGGAUGCUCGCGGACAAAUGUGGUAGUUUUUUUUUUUUUUUUUUUUUUGCAUCUACGGUUGAUGCAAUUCUUCAAUUUUGGAGUCUUGAAUGCCAGAACCUGUUGGAAGUGUACAUUUGUUGUCUUUCAGAAGAAAAUGUAUCGGAAGCAGAAUUUUAAGUUCAAGCCACGAGUGAAUCUAGGUGCGAAAAGAAAAAGAGGGAAUCCAGACGACAAAAACAACCGAGGGAGAGUGAGGAACUGUGAUACGCUUGGCUAUUAUGCAAACAUGUUUCCAAUCGAGUUUUUUUUUUUGUUUCUUGCGUAAACGUGCCAGUUGAUGGGAUUAAUGGUUUUUUAUUGAGUACAAUUUGACAAGAGGUGUUUUGAAUUGUACCAACAUGUUGGGCAUGUGAUGGAUGGGACAUUUUGAGUUCACGGAUUCUACUAGGUCGGAUAUUUGACGUUCCAUUACGUGUGAUGGGAAUGAUACGUUUUCCGGGUUAGAUAUUAUUGGGUUCAGCGCGAAAGUUGGGGUGAUAUGUCGGAUUUUAUUUGCGGGAGACUCGGGAAGGAAAUUGGUGUGCAAAAAGUUCGAAAUUCAUCUUGCCUCGGAAGUGUUUACCGUGUGAAUAUUGGCUGGUUGUUUCUUUUUGAGUCAGGGUUGUUUUAGUAUUCAGCAGAAAGUGGAGUGAUUGCUACUAAAAUUUUAGUGUCGCAGAAUUAUCUUGGAGUAGUUUUCGUACUAAAUUCGUAUGACUGCCAUUGCGGGGUAAUGAAAGAAAAAAAUGCUUCAUUAUUCGGAAA